AUGGGAGCCGUUGACCCGACAUAUCCGCUAUUUCCCAUAGCCAGCAUCCUUGCUGCUGUGCUACUUCUUUUGGUUCUCCUAGCCAGUUUCUUGCGCCAUACAUGGAACACCGGUGUCGCUUUCUUAUGUUUCUGGCUUUUCGUGGGGAAUGUGUUUAGCGCCGCGAAUGCCAUCAUCUGGUCUGAUAACGCCGACGUCAAGCUCUACGCGUACUGCGACAUUGGUGGGUCUCUUACCGCUCAGUUGAAGGUAGCUGUACUCAGCACUCUUCUCCUUGAGCUAGUAUCGCACGUGGACGUCAUCAUCUCCGUCGUUAAACCUAUGGCGACGCUCCUCAUUACACGACAACUGCACCUGAUUGCUGGCCUCAGAUCAUUAGAACGACUCAGCAAAGGAGCCAAACGAAGAGCUUUGGCUGUCGAAUGGGGGCUGGGAUUCGUCUUCCCGCUAGUGGUGGCUGGUCCAAUAUACUAUGUCCACCAGGGCUUCCGAUUUGAAGUGGACGAAGGCUUUGGGUGCACGAGCGCCAUACAGAUAUCGGUGUUGGAGAUUUUGACCAUCGGGAUAUGGAGCAUACUUCCACCUCUCAUAUCCGUCAUUUUCUAUUAUCCGAAAGUUCUGCGUACAUUCUAUUGCCAGAUAAGAGACAUCGACCAUUCUCUCAGCGGCACCGGCUCGUUGUCUCGGGCGAACUACCUUCGCAUCGUAGUUCUUGCCAGCAUAGAUCUGCUUCUCACUUUGCCUGUCGGCAUAGCGAACAUCAUUUUGGGGAUCAUCUCCUGGCGACGUAACUUCUCCCUUCCUUUCUACUGGGGCUGGACCUACCUUCAUGCUGGCUGGGAGCCGUUGAGCGUCUCAUACGCAGACUUUCAAGCAAGCGGGACCGCCAAUUUCGCGCUGUACUACUUCAACAGCUGGACGUCGCCCUUCCUCGCCUACGUGAUCUUCUGCCUCUUCGGUUUAUCCUCGGAGGCUCGCGCUUCUUACAAGCAUGUCUUCGACACCCUCUGGGUAGUUGUGCGGGCCGGAGAACAAGACGGCAUACGCCACAUGGUCAGGUUUCGUUGGGAGAGAUCGAGUUUACUAGCCGGAGGACGAAGGAAGGCUCACUGGAUGCUAUUGAUGCGGAAUCACGACUCAGUACUCCAAGCUUUUCUGGGAGCUAUGCGAUCACCCGCGACGCAGAAGUGGGAGGGAAAGUCCGGUACUAGUCACGGCAAGUUCAUAUUGUGUACAUUACGAGCGGUGUGA